AUGCAGUGUGGGAAUCCCGAUGUGGAGGAAAUCGAGCAGGGCAGCGAGGCUUGGCCCUGGUGUGCGGGCGGGUCAGGGGCCAAGGUGGAGCGCAGGAGUAGGGCCGGCAAGGUGAGCUCGUGCGGCGGAGGCCAAGGGGCGAGGGCGAUCGCUGGAGUAGAGCUUGGCGCGGGCGGGAGUGCUUCGCGCGACCUGGGGCGCAAAGCGAGGUGGGGCCAGGGCGGGUGGUGCGGGGCGGAAGCAGGUGGCGGUGGGGCGGUUGCUUGGCCGUUGAGGGCCGGCGGCGCUGCGCCUGCGCGGGGAGGUCGGGCCAGGCGGCGGCGGGCCAGGGGCGUGGGCUCAGCGCGCGCGAGCGUGCUGGUUCUGCAGCCAAGCGGUAGCGACGCUGUGGCGUGCGAGAUGCGCGCGCGGGAGUGGGCCAGGCAAGCUGCGCGAGGGUGCCUUCUGGCGAGCGGGAGCCGCGAGCUGGUGGCGGCAGGAUCUGUGGCGAGCUAG